CAAGUCCUCUCACCACCUUUUGCCAUCGCCACGACUUCAACACCUCUACGCCCCGCUGCCAGUCUCGUCAUGCGCCAUUGCCAGCAAGCGCGCGCCGCCGCCCUUUCCAUCUGACUGUCUCAGCGCCAUGCGCGCAUUCGUUUGAACCAUCGCCAGACACCUCUCCCGACGCCCAGCGCUCACCCUCGCUCUCUCUGCUCCCUGACCUCCCCUCUCCCACGUACACCGUCGAAGCCGCAGCUAUAAGCAAGCUCUCUCCCCAUCGCCAGCCACCAUGGAGGACGUGGCGAGGGCCGAGUACCCCGGCAUGCUGGCCAACCUGCAGCCCGGCCAGGCCGUGCAGACGCUCAACGACCGAGUCAAGCGCAUCAACAAGAUCAACCUCGAGAUCGCCGACUGGCUUCAGGAGCGUCGUCGAGUCGAGGAGCAAUAUGUCCUAGGCUUGCGCAAACUUGCUCAGGCCAAAGCGCCUAACGCGGCAUCAGAGCUCGGAGUCUUCCAAAGCCCUUGGUCACGGGCUCUCGACUCGGUCGAGCGCAUCGCCAAGUCACACCAUGUCUUCGCCGAACGCAUCGAAAAGGACGUCGAGGGCCCUCUGCGCGUCUUUCAACAGCGGCCCGACUACCUCAACAUGCACAACAUUUCUAGCAACCUCGGCGCCAUGGCCAAGGAUCUCGAGGAUGCGCAGGACAAGGCCGACAAGCUCAACAAGAAGGGCGGCAAGGCCAGCGCCCAAAAAGUUGACGCCGCGACCUCACGGCUCGAGUCGGCGACGCAACAGUGGGAGUCACAGGCGCCAUUCAUUUUCGAGACCCUUCAGGCCCUCGAUGAGUCGCGCAUCAACCAAUUGCGCGAUCUUCUAACCCAGUACCAGACUCACGAGUCCGACCAAGCACAACGCUCCCAGGACAUCGCCGUCGAGACCCUUGCUGUAAUGCUCGAGAUCAACACCGAGAGGGAGAUACAAGAUUUUGCCCAGCGCACCACCGCCGGACGGCCGUCCGUACCGACGAGGACGUCGACGAGGCGCUCAUCGAUGGCAACGGGUCGGCCGCCUUCUUCGUCUGCUGGGCCGCCGCCCCCGCUGCCCACCGCCGCGACCAACAACACGACGGCGUCGUCCGUGCCGCCGCAGGCGCCGGCCUCUCAGCCGCCCGCCGAUGAUGACGCCAGCGAACACAACUCUAUGCCUCCCCCGGAGGUCAAGCCUGAGUCCAAAUUGCGCCGACUUGGGACAAUGUUUGGUGGGCGGCGACGACAAAGCAUACACGGCGGCUUCGGCCAGCUCUCCCCCGGUAAGGGCGGCACCACGUUCGGGCGGCUAGGAAGCAGCCACGGCCGCGGUGUGUCUCCUCGAGCGUCCUCUAGCAACUUGCACCAAGAGUCGACGCGGUUGUCGUCCCUGGCCGAGACCCCCGACCAGACGAGCCAGGAUGAACCGGCCACACGGGGCGACCACCCUCAGGCGACAACCAAUGGUGUCACAGGUCAUACUCUGGUUGAUACGUCGACUCCCGCCGCCGUGAACGGCACCGACGUAGCCAGCGUGCCUCCGCCGCCGGGGCCGCCGCCGUCACAGCAGCAAGGCGACAGUUCCGGCGUCAAGGACUCUGAGGGCUUCACGAUACGAGCACCGAUGAACGAUCCCAUCUCCGAGGCCCAGCGUGAAGCCGCCGGCGACGAAGCGGACCAGCUUCUCAAGCUCAACAUCCAGAAUAAACCAGUCGAGGACGAGGAUCCGGAAGCGAAACAGGCUGCCCUGUCAAGUGUGGCCAACACGCUCAAGAUGGGACCCGCAACUCGCCGUGCCGGCACCAUAAGAGGACGUCGUGACGUGCGCAACACAAUGUAUGUGCCACCGGUAGGCACCAUCAUCGGGCAGUCAGAUGGCGCGACGCCCUCAGGCCCCGGCUCGCCUCCGUUGACUGCGUCGUCGUUCACGCGGCCACCCGCGGUGCAGGCCCUGGCGUCCGAGGCGAGUGUUGCGGGAACUUCUGACAGCCAAUCUGUGCGAUCGGGGAACUCGCUGGGCAGCCUGGCUCAUGCUAAGCACCCGGAAAUGGUGGGUCCGGGCCUCAACACCUCGAUCAUCGAAACCGUCUCUGCCGUCUUCGAAGAUGGUGUCAUUAAGAGCACCUCAAUCGCGGGAGAGGUUGCUUUUGUCAAUAACGGCAGCGAUGGAAGCAAGACACAUGAGACUAUCCGUAUCAACAGCUUCCCCAGCCUCGAGCGCAUCGGUCCGAAUCGAAUCUUCGUCCAGAAUGCAUCUUCCGAGCACCCUGACCGGUUCAGCCUCGACCUGUCCCAUCUCAGCAAGACGUCGAUCGGUUUCUCGUACCGCGUCUUUGCCGAGGAGGCUGAGACGCCUGCUCUUGGGCGGUACGCACCACUACUGUUGAAGCCUGCAUGGAAGCCGCAGGGCGACAAGCUCGGCCUAUUGUUGCAGUACCAACUGAACCCGCUGUCUGAGCUCGUAGCUCCCGUGACAUUGCACAAUGUCGUCUUUGUCGCUACCUACGACGGCAAGUCCAGUGGCGCGCAGACGAAGCCUAGCGGGACACACCUCAAGGAGAAGCACCUUGUGUACUGGCGGCUGGGCGAUGUGACACUCACAAACGAGAUGCAGAAGAUUGUGUGCCGCAUAGUUGGCGCCGAGGGCGUCACCCCAACACCAGGCCAUGUCGAGGCGCGGUGGGAGUAUACGGCCGCUGGCAACGAGCCCGUCGGCAGCGGCAUCUCAAUCUCUCGACUUGUGGAAGGCAAGGGAAAGGGCAAGGAGGCGGCGGCGCCGUCCGAUGAUGACCCUUUUGCUGAUCAGAGUCAGUCUGCGGCGGCCGCAGCCGGGGGGGAAACUUGGGUCGACGUGCCGUUGCAGCGGAAGCUUGUAAGCGGCAAAUACGAGGGCAAGUGAGAAGAGAGAGCCUUUCCAAGUACCGUGGAUGGAGAUGCUUGGGCCAUCUUUCUUCCUGGCCAUGCAUGCCCAGCUACGUUCUUUCUCAUUUUCCGCAUCCCGCCUGGAGUUGUCCCCUGUGCGUCCGCUGGCCUGGCGACUAUGCCUCUGUUCUUGUCCGUCUUUAAGAAGCGCGGGCAGCCCAACCAUUUUCAUCUUUUCGUUUGUUUUAUCUUUCUUGCAACCAUUCUACCGGUCACAGAUUCUUGAGGUAUCGCUGUACGCAUCAGCAGCGGCAGCGACAGCUGUCGCCAUGGCUGAGAGGAGGAGAAGGGAGGAGGGCCCAAGAGCAAGAGGAAGACGAAGACCAAGAACAGGUGGAGAGACAUGGAGAGUUGGUGGAGUAGGCGACGGCGAAGAUUGAGGUUGAUUCAGCUUGGAAGAAGUUUGGACACCCGCACAGAUAUCUUAGUUGAUUCCCGCCCGUUUUCCUCCUCCCCUACAAAGCAACAAUACGUACAGUAC